AUGGAUGUAACGGACCCUAUUCUCCAGCUGGCCCCUGACUACGACGUCGUCCAUCCCAUCAAGGUGGACGAGAGCGGGUCCUUUCUGUCCUAUGAUCUGUCUCAGCGCGCAGUUCACAAGAGGGCCCUCUCCCCAAGGACCGGUUUGCCCGCCUUUUAUGAACUGCAUUACAAAGGACAGCACCUGAGGUUCAACUUAAGCCUCAACAGCCAGCUCCUGGCUCCUGGGUUUGUGAGCGAGCGGCGCUAUGGAGGAAUCGCUGAGGCCAAGAUCCACUCCUACGGUCACAAUUCCUGCCACAUGCUUGGAGAGGUUCAGAGCCAGGCGCUGAAAGGGGGUUUGGCAGCUGUGAGCACCUGUGAUGGGCUGAAAGGUGCAUUUCGGCUUGCUAACGAAGACUAUUUAAUUGAGCCUCUGCCUGUAAAUACGCAUGAAGACCGCGCAGCCCGACCCCACCGGAUAUAUAAACGCCAUGCACCAAAACAUGGGCAAGAAGACUUGAUGGUGGAAUCCAGCAGAAAGCAAGAAAGGAACCAGCCCACUACUGUGAGAACGUGUGGUGUGCAAGAAUCGCAGAAGAGCCUGGAGAAGUCUGAGAAACGGCGGGAACGCUGGGAGCAGAAACAGCAGAAGAAGCGGAGAAUAAAGCAGCGCUCCAUCAGCAAGGAGAAGUGGGUGGAAACGCUGGUGGUAGCAGAUACCAAGAUGGUGGAAUAUCACGGGAGUGAAAACAUCGAGAAAUACGUCCUGACCGUCAUGAACAUGGUGGCAGGUAUAUUCCACGAUGCCAGCAUCGGAAACCCGAUCAACAUUGCCAUUGUGCGGCUAAUCCUGCUGGAAGAUGACGAGGAGGAGCUGAAAAUCACCCACCACGCCGACAACACCCUGAGAAGCUUUUGCAAGUGGCAGAAAAGCAUCAAUGUGAAAGGAGACUCCCACCCGCAGCAUCACGACGUGGCUGUCCUGCUCACAAGGAAAGACAUCUGUGCAGCCAUGAACCGGCCGUGUGAGACUCUGGGUCUGUCUCAUGUGUCAGGAAUGUGCCAGCCACACCGAAGCUGCAAUAUCAAUGAGGAUACAGGCCUGCCCCUGGCUUUCACCGUGGCACAUGAACUCGGACACAGUUUUGGGAUUCAGCAUGAUGGAAGCGGCAAUGACUGUGAGCCAGUUGGGAAAAGACCUUUCGUCAUGUCUCCACAGCUCCUGUAUGACACCUCUCCGCUCACCUGGUCGCGCUGCAGCAGGGAAUACAUCACACGGUUCCUUGACCGGGGCUGGGGUCUGUGCCUGGACGAUCCACCGGCCAAGGACGUGGUUGACUUCCCCUUAGUCCCCCCCGGAGUCCUCUAUGACGUUAGCCAUCAGUGCCGGCUACAGUACGGACAAUAUUCCACCUUCUGUGAUGACAUGGAUAGCGUCUGCAACACACUCUGGUGCACAGUGGGCAACACGUGCCACUCGAAGCUGGACGCGGCUGUGGACGGCACCAAGUGUGGCGAGAACAAGUGGUGCUUCAAUGGGGAGUGCAUGCCAGUGGGCUUCCGCCCCGAUGCCAUCGACGGCAGCUGGGGAGCCUGGAGUUCCUGGGCGAGCUGCUCGCGGACGUGCGGCACUGGCGUGCAAAACGCGGAGCGCCAGUGCAGCAACCCCACGCCAAAGUACGGCGGGAAAUACUGUCUCGGCGAGCGGAAGCGGUUUCGCAUCUGUAACAUCAAGCCGUGUCCCGCCGACAAACCGUCUUUCCGCCAGCUCCAGUGCAGCCAGUUCGACCCCAUGCUGUACAAGGGGAAGCUGUACAAGUGGACACCCGUGCUCCACAAUGUGAAUCUGUGCGAGUUGCACUGCCGCCCGGAAGACGACUACUUUGCGGAAAAGCUUCGUGAUGCCGUCAUUGAUGGGACUCCGUGCUACGAUGGGAACGGCAGCCGGGACAUCUGCAUCAAUGGUAUUUGCAAGAACGUGGGCUGCGACUACGAGAUCGACUCCAACGCCGUCGAGGACCGGUGCGGCGUGUGCCACGGUGAUGGGUCCACCUGCCAGACAGUGAAGAAGACAUUCGAGGAGAGCGAGGGGCUGGGUUACGUUGACAUCGGGAUGAUCCCCGCUGGAGCCCGUGAGAUUAGGAUCGAAGAGGUGGCAGAAGCCGGGAAUUUUCUGGCUUUGAGGAGUGAAGAUCCUGAGAAAUAUUUCCUGAACGGCGGCUGGACCAUCCAGUGGAACGGGGACUACAAAGUGGCCGGGACAACUUUCACCUACGAGAGGACAGGCAACUGGGAGAACCUCACAUCCCCCGGGCCCACGGGGGAGCCGGUCUGGAUCCAGCUGCUGUUUCAGGAGAGUAACCCAGGGGUUCGCUACCAAUACACUAUCCGCAGGGAGUCCGAGAACGAGAACGAGAUUCAGCCGGCAGAGUUUUUCUGGCACUACGGCUCCUGGACAAAGUGCACCGCGACCUGUGGGACAG